UCCCUCCAAGCCAAGGAUUAAAAACUGUGCAUGCAAGGGUCAGGCUGACAGCAGACCCUGAAAACGGAGGUCCCUCAAAGUGAGGAAGGCUGCAAGGGAAAGGGAGGGCCUGAGCCGGAGCGAGGGAGGGGAGGAGGGACGGCCCCGGCCAGGCUGUUGUCCCCCCACAGAGCCAGCUCAGAUCCUGCUCCAGGCGCAGCUCAGCUGCGGAGGUCACGGCAGCCCCUCUCCUCUGGUGGAGGACAGCAGGCAGAGGACUGAGAGACGGCGAUCCCGGGACUGGACGUCCUCAGCCCCCAGCCGCUUGGCCGGGCCUGGCCCCAUGGCCUUCAAUGACCUCCUGCAGCAGGUGGGGGGCGUCGGCCGCUUCCAGCGGAUCCAAGUCACCCUGGUGGUCCUCCCCCUUCUUCUGAUGGCCUCCCACAACACCCUGCAGAACUUCACUGCCGCCAUCCCCACUCACCACUGCCGCCCGCCUGCUAACGCCAACCUCAGCCAGGACGGUGGGCUAGAGGGCUGGCUGCCCCGGAACAGGCAGGGGCAGCCCGAGUCCUGCCUGCGCUUCACUGCCCCUCAGCGGGGACCACCCUCGGCCAAUGGCACAGGGACCAACGUCACAGGGGCCACGGAGCCCUGUGUGGACGGCUGGAUCUAUGACCACAGCACCUUCCCCGCCACCAUCGUGACUGAGUGGGACCUCGUGUGCUCUCACCGAGCCUUACGCCAGCUCGCUCAGUCCUUGUACAUGGUUGGGGUGCUGCUUGGAGCCAUGGUGUUCGGGAACCUGGCAGACAGGCUGGGCCGCCGGAAGAUACUGAUCUUAAACUACCUGCAGACGGCAGUGUCAGGGACCUGCGCGGCCUUCGCGCCCAACUUCCCCACCUACUGCGCCUUCCGGCUCCUCUCGGGCAUGUCGCUGGCUAGCAUCGCCCUCAACUGCAUGACACUGAAUGUAGAGUGGAUGCCCAUCCACACCCGGGCCUAUGUGGGCACCCUGAUCGGCUACGUCUACAGCCUGGGCCAGUUCCUCCUGGCCGGCGUGGCCUAUGCCAUGCCCCACUGGCGCCAUCUGCAGCUGCUCGUCUCGGUGCCCUUUUUCAUCUUCUUCAUCUACUCCUGGUUCUUCAUCGAGUCAGCUCGCUGGUACUCCUCCUCCGGGAGACUCGACCUCACCCUGACGGCUCUGCAGAAGGUGGCCCGGAUCAAUGGGAAGCAAGAAGAGGGAGCCAAACUGAACAAGGAAGUGCUCCAAGCCAGCCUGCAGAAGGAGAUGACCACAGGCAAAGGGCAGGCCUCAGCCCUGGAGUUGGUGCGCUGCCCCAGCCUCCGCCACCUCUUCCUGUGCCUCACCAUGCUGUGGUUUGCCACUAGUUUCGCCUACUACGGGCUGGUCAUGGACCUGCAGGGCUUUGGGGUCAGCAUCUACCUGAUCCAGGUGAUCUUUGGGGCUGUGGACCUGCCUGCCAAGCUUGUAUGCUUCCUAGUCAUCAACUCCCUGGGCCGCAAGGCUGCUCAGAUGGCCUCGCUGUUGCUGGCGGGUAUCUGCAUCCUGAUCAAUGGAGUGGUACCCCAGGACCAGACCAUUGUUCGAACCUCCCUUGCUGUACUGGGGAAGGGCUGUCUGGCUGCCUCCUUCAACUGCAUCUUCCUGUAUACUGGAGAGCUUUACCCCACAAUGAUUCGGCAGACGGGCCUGGGCAUGGGCAGCACCAUGGCCCGGGUGGGCAGCAUCGUGAGCCCUCUGGUGAGCAUGACCGCCGAGCUCUACCCCUCCACCCCUCUCUUCAUCUACGGCGCCAUCCCGGUGGCUGCCAGCGCAGUCACUGCUCUCCUGCCUGAGACCCUGGGCCAGCCACUACCAGACACGGUGCAGGACUUGGAGAACAGGUGGAGCUUGACAGAGAAGAAGCACCACGUCUCUGCCCACAGGAGGAAAAGGAAACCAAGCCGACAGCAGCGAGAGCAGCAGAAGCAGAUGGUCCCACUCCAGGCCUCAGCACCCGAGAAGAAUGGGCUCUGA